UGCACCAGAGAGGGGACGGGAGUGCUUGUUGCUUGCAAAACAAAAUAUGGUCGUUAGUGCACAUUUCCCCUGCUGCAGACGCUCACGUUCGGCUUAGUUUGGGAUCCAGGUUUUACCUUUUAACAGCAGGCUGGAUUCCCAACCGGGUCGUACAGCUUCUUGCACUGGAAUGUUAUAGUCCAGCCAUAACAUGGUCACAGCUUGUUCUUUAUUUAAACAGUUGGUUCUGAACAAUGGCCGUGUGGAUCCAGGCCCAGCAGCUGCAGGGAGAGGCUCUGCGUCAAAUGCAGGCGCUGUACGGCCAGCACUUCCCCAUCGAGGUGCGGCAUUACCUGUCGCAGUGGAUCGAGAGCCAGGCAUGGGACUCCAUCGACCUCGAUAACCCCCAGGAGAACCUCAAAGCCACCCAGCUGCUGGAGGGGCUGAUCCAGGAGCUGCAGAAGAAGGCCGAUCACCAAGUGGGCGAGGAAGGGUUAUUGCUGAAGAUCAAGCUGGGGCAUUAUGCCACUCAGCUGCAGAACACGUACGACCGGUGCCCCAUGGAGCUGGUGCGCUGCAUCCGCCACAUCCUGUACCACGAGCAGCGGCUGGUUCGUGAGGCCACUAACAGCCCCUCCCCAGCCAGCAGCCUGGCUGACGCCAUGUCCCAGAAGCACCUGCAGAUCAACCAGACCUUCGAGGAGCUGCGUCUCGUCACCCAGGACACGGAGAACGAGUUGAAGAAGCUGCAGCAGACGCAGGAGUAUUUCAUCAUCCAGUACCAGGAGAACAUGCGUCUGCAAGCCCAGUUCUCCCAGCUCUCCCAGCUGGGCCCCCAGGAGCGCAUGUCCCGCGAGACGACGCUGCAGCAGAAGAAGGCGUCGCUGGAGGCCUGGCUGCAUCGGGAGGCCCAGACACUACAGCAGUACCGAGUGGAGCUGGCAGAGAAGCACCAGAAAACCCUGCAGCUGCUGCGCAAGCAACAGACGACCAUCCUGGACGACGAGCUGAUCCAGUGGAAGCGGCGGCAGCAGCUGGCAGGGAAUGGCGGGCCUCCCGAGGGCACCCUGGACGUGCUGCAGUCCUGGUGUGAGAAGCUGGCCGAGAUCAUCUGGCAGAACCGGCAGCAGAUCCGUCGGGCGGAGCACUUGUGUCAGCAGCUGCCCAUCCCGGGGCCCGUGGAGGAGAUGCUGGCCGAGCUCAACGGCACCAUCACAGACAUCAUCUCUGCCCUGGUGACCAGCACCUUCAUCAUCGAGAAGCAACCCCCCCAGGUGCUGAAGACGCAGACCAAGUUUGCAGCCACGGUGCGGCUGCUGGUGGGGGGGAAGCUGAACGUGCACAUGAACCCACCCCAGGUGAAGGCCACCAUCAUCAGCGAGCAGCAAGCUAAGGCCCUGCUGAAGAACGAAAGCACCCGCAACGAGAGCAGCGGGGAGAUCCUGAACAACUGCUGCGUGAUGGAGUACCACCAGGCCACAGGCACCCUGAGCGCCCACUUCAGGAACAUGUCCCUGAAGCGCAUCAAGCGCUCAGAUCGGCGUGGCGCCGAGUCGGUGACCGAGGAGAAGUUCACCAUCCUCUUCGAGUCACAGUUCAGCGUCGGCGGCAACGAGCUGGUCUUCCAGGUCAAGACGCUGUCCCUGCCCGUGGUGGUGAUCGUGCACGGGAGCCAAGACAACAACGCCACGGCCACCGUGCUCUGGGAUAACGCCUUUGCUGAGCCGGGCCGGGUACCGUUUGCUGUGCCCGAGAAGGUGCUGUGGCCUCAGCUAUGCGAGGCGCUCAACAUGAAGUUCAAGGCCGAGGUGCAGAGCAGCCGGGGGCUGACGAAGGAGAACUUGCUCUUCCUGGCCCAGAAGCUCUUCAACAGCAGCAGUGCCCAGCUGGAGGAGUACAGCGCCAUGUCCGUCUCCUGGUCCCAGUUCAACAGGGAAAACUUGCCAGGGCGGAAUUACACCUUCUGGCAGUGGUUCGACGGGGUCAUGGAGGUGCUGAAGAAGCAUCUUAAGCCUCACUGGAAUGACGGGGCCAUCCUGGGCUUCGUCAACAAGCAGCAAGCGCACGACCUGCUGAUCAACAAGCCGGAUGGGACCUUCCUGCUGCGGUUCAGCGACUCUGAGAUCGGGGGCAUCACUAUCGCCUGGAAGUUCGACUCCCCUGAAAGGAUGUUUUGGAACCUCAUGCCCUUCACAACCAGAGACUUCUCCAUCCGCUCGCUGGCCGACCGCCUGGGUGACCUCAAUUACCUCAUCUACGUGUUUCCCGACCGGCCCAAGGACGAGGUCUUCUCCAAGUACUACACGCCGGUUCUCUCUAAAGCCGUGGAUGGAUACGUGAAGCCACAGAUCAAACAAGUAGUGCCAGAGUUUGCCAGCGCCUCUGGGGAUUCUACUCCCGGAACAGUCACCUACAUGGAUCAGGCGCCGUCGCCAGCCGUGUGCUCCCAGCCGCAUUACAACGUCUACCCACAGAACCCCGACUCUGUGCUGGAUCCCGAGGGUGAGUUUGACCUGGAUGACACGAUGGAUGUCGCGCGACACGUGGAGGAGCUUCUCCGGCGGCCCAUGGACACUCAGUGGAUCCCCCACAGCCAGUCGUGACCCUGCACCGUGGUACGGCCCGGCCCGGCAGCCGUGACCCUGGGAGCCGAUACGGGGAGCGUGCCCCAUGGAGAGCAGCCCUGUGUUCGUGUCUCUGUGCGUGGGCCCAUGGGGGGGUGCUCAGCCGGGGCCUUUGCUGUGCCAGCUGCAGUGUCCAUGGCUGCGCUUGGCUGUUUGGUGUUUAUCCCCUUGUACUUAAGGCAGUGGGCUUGUCGUAUGGUUUCCCUGUCUGUUACUCAGGCCUGCCUUCAGCUUCCUGCUUCUGCAGCGCUGCUUGUCCCCAUGCAGCAGAUCCCUGGAACCCCGUGUGUUCCCAGCGCCCACUGGACUCGGAUCCCUGCCCUUGGGCCCGGGGGCCUCUCAGUGGUGGGGCGGGCCUGGGAGUCUGUUUGCAGUAAUUGUCACAUCUAGGACUUUCGUGUUCAAAUUCUUUCCUUUUGUUACUAGCUCCCCUGUCCUGGGGGGCACAUGUGUGUGCGUUGGGUCCUGUUUGUGUGCACAGAGACCUGGGGGCAAAGACUCUUUCUUCUCAGCCCAGGCAGCAGCAUCUGCGCCUUAGGAGUGGCUUGCUGGGAAGGCAUCCCACCGGGGCCCUUUUCUCCUCCUGGUUCCUGCCUGGCCCGUGUCCGCUCAGCAGGUGGGACGCUGCCCUUCCUUCAUGCCUAGAAGUGGGGGGUGUUUAACAAACCCUGAGAGGAAGGACACGACUGCUCGGUGUGCAGGAGGAAUGGGGCUCCUGGCUGGGGUCAGGGCAAGGCGCGGCUCAGGCUGAGGGUGAGAGGCUGCUGGUCCCCCCUCGGGCGCCCUCCUUCCCCUUCGACAUUAUUUUUCUACGGCUGAGUAAAUAAAGCACAGAAUAUUUUUUUAACACAAA